AUGGCUGAUGGGGAUCAAAGCUAUCCAUCAACGUCUUUCACGGGUGUCGCCCCAGAGGAUGUGCAACGUGAUCAAUAUAUUGAUAUUGUUCACGGCGGGAUCUGGUUCGCCGACGCAGAUCCAUCCGCACAGGUGGCGAACACCCUUACGAGGGCAGAAAUGGAAGAUGAAGAACGAAAACGGCAGUUGAUUCCAACGCGUUCAAGCGUUGAGCAACUAGUUUCGUAUUCUCACCGAGGUAGCCAUUCUGGCACCCAGGCAAACUUUAACGACAGGUUCCACUUCAAUAUCGGAGAAAAGGAAUCAACAUAUACAAUUGGAUCCAUGCAGAUCACGUCAAACAGCGAAGGGAGCUCCGGGGGCAACCCCGUCGAGCCUUUCGCCCAGCUUGGACAUAGAGAUGGAGGGACGACGAACCAUCACUCCACUGCACAAAACAGCGACAGACAAGUUGCCAGCGCAUCCAAAAAUUCUAGGAAGCGAAGGCUGUCGACGGAGGACAAAGACGGCAGCACAUCUGCGCCCGCCGAAAAACGUCCACGAAAGAGGUCACCACGGGACCCUCUUCGGGACCAGAAGGUUGGUAAAGGCAGGGUCGCGAGGGCCCUGACGGCCGCACCAACUCGGAGGCCGCAUCGCAAGCCGGCUACUCCACGAUGCAUGGCUGGUCCGGUCUCGGAGGGGCAUGUGGUGGUUCAUGACCGUGAGCGCCACUCAAAGAAGGGGACAGAAUUCACCUUCCAGGUGAUGUCGGCCGCACAAAGGCCAUAG